AUGUCACCGCUUCCAAACUCCAGCGAUCCACGACUAUUGUCCGGGUCCCUGCUAUCACCCGAACCAUUCGACUCGCCUUCUUAUACGGGCCCUGGGGGCGCCGAUCUUUCCCUCUCAGAGCUCUCACUUUCAGACAAAGACACAGAACAUUUUCAUCUUCAUGACAGACCACGUUUCAGUCUACUGGCACCAGCUGCUACAACAUCACAAACAUUCUCGCCUGAUCAAAGCAGAAUAUCAGAGGACGACGAAUAUGAAGAAGAAAACGACGAGAGCUCUGAAAACGAUGCUGAUACGACUAUGAUUGGAAGGGUUGCUGCUGCGAAGGCACGGGAAGACAAGCUUCAUAGCGAUCUCUUCGUUCUCAAGAAGCUGAACGCGUCUUUUGCGUUAUUUAAUGACGCGUUGCGGUCUACUCAGACUGCCACUGAGCAAGUGACAUCUCAACUCGCACAGACGGAUGCGCUUCUAGAUAAAUAUGUUAAUAUGCUUGGGAAGUCGGAAGCUGUGGCUAAGCUGAUUUUUGAUGAACAAUGGGAAGGCGCAGAGGCUGAUGAGGAGUUACUUGAGCAAGAGCGACAGCAGGCUCUUGAACAGGCUCGACUAGAAAAGGAACGCCUUGAGCGGGAAGAGGCAGAACGGAAGGAAUCAGAAAAGCGUGCGCGCGCGGCUGCAGAGGAAGCUGCUCGUCGCGAAGCAGAAGAACGUACACAACGCGAAGCUGCGGCUACAAAAGCGCCCCGUGGCCGCGGUACUGGUGGGUCAAGUGGAGUCCGGGGCAUUCGUGGGACAAGAGCCACAUCGGCAGCUGCAGCUGCAAGAACCUCGACGAGUGCCGCAUCGGCAAUCCCUCGCAGUCGCUCGACUAGUGCUACUGGAAACGUCGGAAGCUUAGGCGGUGGAACCAGACUUGGAUCAUCUGCAAGCCGAGGAACAGGCUUGCCGCGAGGCGUACCUAGGAGAGGUUGA